UUUCUCAAAGUUGAGGAAGAGGAGCUUAAGGGGCAGGUCUUUAAUUAUAUUAGUAUUGUAUUAGUAGUAUUAUUUUACCGUAGCUGUGGCGGUGGUUAAUCAUCAAAAGCUCUCUUUUUGAUGCGAGCGUGAGGUAUAUAAAUGGAGGCUCUUUUUUGCCAUUACCCUUUUGCUUUGCUCUCUCUCCUUCAUGUACACAUUGGUUUGUUAGCUUGAAAUGCAGGUUUGUUAUGGAAGGAAGGAGGAGGGAGUUUGAAGAAACCCCAAAUUGAAUAAAGUGGUUUUGAUUUGAGGGAAAAGCUUGAAUGGAAGGCAGGGUUCCAAAAGUAGGAGGAUCAAAAAUUGGGUUGGGGGGUUCUGUAACUCUGACUAGGGCUUGAAUGGGGGGUAUUUAUUAUGCUGAAAUCAAUGUUGUUUGCAUAAUUGACUGCUUCCAUGGACUUCUUUUCAGCUCUUUCUUUGAACAGUCUUUUUUAGCCUCUUUUUCUCUCUCUUUUUCUCUUGGGGGGGCCUUUAUGAUUUUUGGUACUUCCAAGUUCAGUGUUGGCUUUGGAAAUGGUAGCUGGAAACUCGUGUGAGAGCCUUUGGUACCAUCUUUUGGGUACUUGGAAUUUGUUCUAGCCCUUUGGCAAUUUCUCAGCAUCAUUAACUGAAGCUGCUCUAUCUCCUUCUUUCUGCUUCUUCUAGCCUUCUCUUUUUUUUUUUUUGCCUCACACACUAACUUGGACAAGUUUUCUAGUUCCUUCAGUUUCUCAAGGGUGUCCUGGAUUCUAGUUGAUGAAUGUCAUAAAUUCAUGUUGGGGGUUGUCAGGCUUCAUCUGUUAGUUUGGUUUCUUUGAAAUUUCCCCCCACGUUUGAUCACUGUUUCAUGCUGUACUGGUUAGUGGUUACCAUUUGGCCACUGUUGGAGGUACUUUUGGUUAAAUUUUGUCUGAUUUUGUUAUCAUUUAGUUUUGAAGAGACCAUAGAAAAGAAUCUGCUUGUGGGGUGGUUUUGAUAUCACCUUGUUAAGGAGGGGUAGAUAUUAUGAGUGACAAAGAAAAGUUUGAGGUGGAUAGAAACGAGGAUCAUGUGAGUUAUUCUAGCGGAAUGCACUCGGAUUGGAGAUUUGGGGGUUCAAAUCUUGCAAAUUCUUCGGUAGGUUUUGUUGGCUUGGGGAAUAAUUCUAUGAAUGUCAGCAGAGGGGAUUUGAUUGGUUCUUCUUCAUGUUCCUCUGCUUCAAUGGUGGACUCACUUAGUCCAAAUUACUGGGAAAACCCCACCAGCUCCCAAAAGUUGGGAUUUUGUGACAUUAAUAAUGUCCACAACAAUGGGGGCUCUUCAAGCACAGUUGCAAUCAGAAAAGAUGGAUUUGGAUUUGGAAGAGUUGGUCAGGAUCAUCAUGGAACACUUGAAAUGGGUUGGAAUCAUGCUAAUUCUAUGUUACCAAAUGGACCAGUGAUGUUUCCCCACAGUUUAUCUCAGUUUCCAACUGAUUCUGGAUUCAUUGAGAGAGCUGCAAGGUUCUCGUGCUUCAGUGGAGGGAAUUUUGGUGACAUGGUGAACUCAUAUGGGAUUGCUCAAUCCAUGGGGCUGUAUGGAGCAAGAGAUGCUAUUGCAGGCCAUGGGUUGAAAUCAGUAAUAGCUGGAGGACAAUCUCAAGGAGGUGAUAUGAAUGUAGUUGAGGAUGUGCCUCCAUCUGUUGAGCAUCUUGUUGCUGCUAAAGGAAGCCCUCUCAAGAGUGAUAGAAGAAGUGAAGGUCAUGUUAUAUUCCAAGAUGAAGGGAAGCAAUCUCUUGUUAGGAAUGCUAAUGAGUCUGAUAGAGCUGAAUCUAGUGAUGAUGGUGGUGGCCAGGAUGAUUCCCCAAUGUUGGAAGGUACUAGUGGGGAACCUUCUAGCAAAGGACUAAACUCAAAGAAAAGGAAAAGAAGUGGACGGGAUGGUGAUAAUGAUAAAGCCAAUGGAGCUCAAGAACUACCUAGUGAAGGUGCAAAGGGGAACUCUGAGAAUCAACAGAAGGGAGACCAACAACCAAUUUCAACAGCCAACAAGGCUUGUGGGAAGAAUGCCAAAUUGGGGUCUCAAGCUUCUGAUCCACCUAAGGAGGAAUACAUACACGUUAGGGCUCGCCGGGGUCAAGCAACAAAUAGCCAUAGCCUUGCAGAGAGAGUGAGGAGGGAAAAGAUAAGUGAGAGGAUGAAGUUUCUUCAAGACCUUGUACCUGGAUGCAGCAAGGUCACUGGCAAGGCAGUAAUGCUAGAUGAAAUCAUCAACUAUGUACAGUCACUUCAACGACAGGUUGAGUUUUUGUCUAUGAAACUUGCUACAGUAAAUCCACGGCUGGAUUUUAAUAUUGAAGGACUUCUUGCUAAAGAUAUUCUUCAACAACGGCCUGAUCCUUCAACCGCACUAGGGUUUCCUCUAGAUAUGUCCAUGGCUUUUCCUCCAUUACAUCCACCUCAACCAGGGCUGAUUCAUCCAGUAAUUCCCAACAUGACAAACUCAUCUGAUAUUCUUCAAAGAACCAUCCAUCCACAGUUAGCUCCCUUGAAUGGUGGAUUCAAGGAACCAAAUCAGCUGCCUGAUGUAUGGGAGGAUGAGCUUCACAAUGUUGUACAGAUGAGCUUUGCAACAACGGCUCCCCCAACUAGCCAAGAUGUUGAUGGUACUGGGCCAGCAAGUCAGAUGAAAGUUGAACUUUGAUGUUUAGUCUUCAUACAUUAAUCUUCACCACAGCACGUAUUUUGGCUUUCAUUCUCGUCAAAUGGAAAUAACCAAGCUUAGAGUUUUACACAUGACUUGUCAAAUUUGAAGGCCAUGGUCUCAAAUCUCAAUUCCCUGCAAUAUAUUUUAGAUGAGAUACUACUGAGUAAUAUUCUGGUGUUUAGGCCUUGGAGGGCAGUCACAUAUCCUUGCAGAGGACUGACUCUCGGUUAGAGAAUGUAGAGCAGUAUUCAUGAAUGUUUCCUUUUUUUUUCAAGCGUGAAUAUAUGUAUCAUAUGUUUAGAAGUGGAAGUCUAUUUUAUCAAAAAAUAGGUUUGCGCACUAAAUAUAUUAAAGAAUGUAAAGACAGGAUCUCACUGAGUCUGAUCAACUAGGAGAAAUGCUAAAGCAAAUUUUUUAGUUGGACUGAGGCAUAGUCUACAAAAUGCUAUGAGAACCUGUUCAUGGUUUUGAUUUGAUGCUUGCUAGGUGCUUGCUUGCACAUAAUGUAAUGUUUUUUCUGCCCAACAAUUAGCUAUGUUACAUUCUUUCAUGGAA